AUUUCACAGUAUUUUGAGGAUAAAAUGAUUGUGAGUUUACAUUAAUAUUUGUGUGUGUAGCAUAGCUUCUAAAAACGGUUUUGUACGAAUGAACAGGUAACAUGGUUAGAAUGAACAACCCGGUAGGUGGCGACAAAACCUUGUUUACGUCUAUGUCUUUGCACUGAUUGGUUGUUGAGAAGUUCGUUGAAUGAAGGGGGCGGUGCUUCCCCCUCCGAGCCAUAUAAAAUCCCACGGUUGUAUUUUUGGACACGACCUGAUCAGUCCAUGGACUAUAAAGUUUGAAUGUUUGGUUUUCAGGUAAGGUGUAAGUGCAUCGAUAGAUUGAACUACUAUAGGACAAGUAUUGCAAACAUACAGAGAAAUAAAAAUGCUUUGCCAUAUAACGCGCCCGGACUCGGUGGUGAUGGAGGUGGAUGUUGAUUCGAAGGCUAACGGAGAGGACUGUUUACACAAGGUCUGUCGGAAACUGGGAAUAAUAGAGGUGGAUUACUUUGGGCUUCAGUUCUGUGGAAGCAAAGGGGAGAGUUUGUGGUUGAAUCUUAGGAACAGGAUCUCACAACAGAUGGAUAACCUGGCUCCCUGCAGACUGAAGCUCAGAGUCAAGUUCUUUGUGGAACCCCAUCUGACCCUGCAAGAACAGACAAGACAUAUGUUCUUCCUGCACAUAAAGGAGGAGCUGGACAGUGGCAGCCUGCAGAUGGAGGCUGAGCAGGCCAAGGAGCUGUGUGCCCUCCUAGCCCAGGCUGAGUACGGAGACUACAACCAGAACACAGCCAAGUACUGCUCCAGCCAGAUCUUCAGACAGGAGCCUGACCUGGCAACCAUCAACAGCAUCCAGGAGAAGCACCGUGAGCUAGAGGGUCUGAGCCAGGCGUCUGCAGAGUACCAGGCCCUACAGCUGGUGUCCUCCCUGGAGAACUACGGGGUGGAGUGGCACUGGGCCAGGGACUCAGAGGGACAGAGGCUGGCUAUAGGGGUCGGUCCUGAAGGGGUAUCCAUCUGUCAGGAGGACUUCAGCCCCAUCAACAGGAUCAUUUAUCCCAUCAUCCAGAUGGCCACCCAGUCAGGGAAGAAUGUGUACAUGACCAUCACUAAGGACAGUGGUGAGGAUGUGGUCCUGCUGUUUAAGAUGACAAGCACCAGAGCUGCCAGCGGCCUGUACCGGGCCAUCACAGAGACCCACGCCUUCUACAGGUGUGACACGGUGACGAAUGACGUGAUGAUGCAGUACAGCCGUGACUUCAAGGGUCACCUGGCGUCUCUCUUCCUCAACGAGAACAUCGACCUGGGCAAAAAGUAUGUCUUCGACAUCCGACGCACCUCCAAGGAGGUCUACGACCACUGCCGCAGGGCGCUCUACAACGCCGGCAUGGGAGGGGACUGUGUGUCCGGCCAGCAGAGCCCGGCGCAGUCCCCUGGGGUGGGGGAAGGAGGCUGUGAGGGAUGCCAGAGGGGCCGGGUUCUGGAGGAGAAGCUGCAGCAGCUCCAGGAUGCUCUGCUGUGUAUGCUGUGCUGUGAAGAGGAGAUGGACGCUGCCUUCUGCCCCUGUGGACACAUGGUGUGCUGCCACAACUGUGCCGUCCAGCUAGAGGUGUGCCCGGUGUGUCGGUCAGAGGUGGACCAUGUCCAGCACAUAUACCUGCCCACCUGUGCCAACCUGCUGUCCCUGGCAGUGAGCAGUGCUGCCCCCUUCAAUAUUCCCAGAGACCUGGCCACUCACCUCUGCUCCUCCAGAGAGUUCUACACCAGCACAGACAAGAUCUGUCACACGUAGAUUUACUACCAGUUAGGGUUGGAAAAGUUGGCUUAACAUUUCCAGGUUUUCCUAAAUGUUUUGGAUUUCCUGUUUAUUCCCUCCUACUUCCUAUAUAUGACUGCAUAGAGUAGUAUUACUGUAGUAGUAUACCAGUGGUAUUACUGUGGCAGUAUUCAUGGGUUGCACCUCCAUCACUUGGUCGUGUUGUUGCCAUUGUUACCGAUGUUCUAAAGACGCUGCAGCCAUAUUGAUGCUCAAAAGUAAAACCGUGGCUAUUGACUUUGUCGUCUAAAUUACACUAAGGGCUUGGAGUACUAUGACAUUGCUGAAGGUAGGCACAUAUUUAGUAGGAAACAACUUUGCCAUCAUGUCGUCAAAUUUACUUUAGACAGAUAGCAAUGUUGUCAUUAGCUAGCAAGUUUCGUUCAAAAUAGCUAUCAUUGCUAAUGUUAGCUAGCUAAAAUCUGGAGGUCUCCCCUCAGUCUUAGCUAGCUGGCUAACGUUAUACUGCAUCUAAAGUUAAUCCGGCGACAUCAAAAUGAUGAAAAAAGGUUUUCCUACUAAUUAUUUUCCGCCUUUAGAAAAGUCAUCGUGUUUUCAAGCCACAGUAAUAAACUUUAGACCGAAUCUUCAUCAGCCCCCAAUGAGGAUGCAUUGAGUAGAAUGUUCAGUUGGGCAUCAGUCCUAAAACUAACCUUCAAAACAAUAUUGUGAAGCAACGUGCAAACCAUAAAUACCAGUAACGUAAACUCACCCCAUUCCGUACAAAUGUGCGCAACCGCAACAUUCAAACGAGGCUACAAAGAAAACUAAUGGGACUGUAGCGACUGUGUUGACUUCAAAAUCUGGGGUAUGAACUACGUUUCUAUUCAAGCGUUGAUCGACAUAGUAAUGGUUCUAUAGUAUUGGAGAAAAGUUUAAAAAUGGACCCUCCGUUACAUCGUGACGUGUCAUGUCGUUACGUACAGCACGUAUAAAGCAACUAUUUCUGUCUUACAAUCUCUCUCCACCAGGUGUAGCACUUCUCUCAUCGUUUAAAAACAAGAAAUGGACAGUGACGGGGGUAAGGGGGGAUACCUAGUCAUUUUUUGCGUCAUCAUUGCAUACGAUCAUCAUUCUCAUCAUUCCGCUGUUUACUUCUAAGAUCACUUUAGCACCGCCCUAAAAACCCGAUUAAAAUUCGACACAAACCUUCAAGUAGGUAUGUAAUGACACAUUAUAUAAACUCUUUAUAGUGUUUUAUUUACAUUUUAGAGGCGAUAAGGUGAUAAGUUGGACAGAUUGAGUGAAAAAAAGCAAUUUUCCACACAAUAUCUCUCCUUCUCACUAUCACGCAUUAGUUUUGCUUCCCCACCCGCCAUUUUUAAAAAGACACGACGGGGCUCAUUGCCUGCUUGAAUUAUGCAGAAACGUGCAGCGUUUAGGUCAUGUAAUUGAUUCUGUUGGAAAGGGGAGAAAUUGUGCUCUACAAUGGUAUUGACAUUACAGUUGAUCUGGAAGUAUUACGUUUUUAGGGCGCUAAAAUAAGGGCAAUUGUACGGACCACAGUGAUGUACGAGUUUACGUGAGUUUACGUUAGUAGUGCUGUAGUAGUAGUAUACCAGGGGUAGUUCUGUAGUAGUAGUAGUGCAGUAGUAGUAUACCAGGGGUAGUGCUGCAGUAGGACUAUACCAGGGGUACUAUACCAGUAGUUGUAUAUCAGGGGUAGUGUUGUAGUAGUAUACCAGUAGUAGUGCUGUAGUAGUAUACCAGUAGUAGUGCUGCAGUAGUUGUAUACCAGGGGUAGUGCUGUAGUAGUAGACCAGUAGUUGUAUACCAGGGGUAGUAUACCAGUAGUUGUAUACCAGGGGUAGUGCUCUAGUAGUAUACCAGUAGUAGUGCUGCAGUAGUUGUAUAACAUGGGUAGUGCUCUAGUAGUAUACCAGUAGUAGUGCUGCAGUAGUUGUAUACCAGGGGUAGUAUACCAGUAGUUGUAUACCAGGGGUAGUGCUGUAGUAGUAGACCAGUAGUAGUGCUGCAGUAGUUGUAUACCAGGGGUAGUAUACCAGUAGUUGUAUACCAGUAGUUGUAUACCAGUAGUUGUAUACCAGGGGUAGUGCUGUAGUAGUAGACCAGUAGUAGUGCUGCAGUAGUUGUAUACCAGGGGUAGUAUACCAGUAGUUGUAUACCAGUAGUUGUAUACCAGUAGUUGUAUACCAGGGGUAGUGCUCUAGUAGUAUACCAGUAGUAGUGCUGCAGUAGUUGUAUAACAUGGGUAGUGCUCUAGUAGUAUACCAGUAGUAGUGCUGCAGUAGUUGUAUACCAGGGGUAGUAUACCAGUAGUUGUAUACCAGGGGUAGUGCUGUAGUAGUAGACCAGUAGUAGUGCUGCAGUAGUUGUAUACCAGGGGUAGUAUACCAGUAGUUGUAUACCAGUAGUUGUAUACCAGUAGUUGUAUACCAGGGGUAGUGCUCUAGUAGUAUACCAGUAGUAGUGCUGCAGUAGUUGUAUACCAGGGGUAGUAUACCAGUAGUGUAGUAGUACUGCAGUAUUGGUGUAGUAGUAGUAGUGUGAGGUGCUAUAUGUCUGCAUACAGUAGCAUUCUGAACAUUAAUUUCUCUGGCAACAUCUCUGGUGGACAUUCCUGCAGUCAGCAUGCCAAUUGCACGCUCCCUCAACUUGAGACAUCUGUGGCAUUGUGUUGUGUGACAACUGCACAUUUUAAAGCGAUCUUUUAUUGUCCCCAGUACAAGGUGCACCUGUGUAAUGAUUGUGCUGUUUAAUCAGCUUCUUGAUAUGCCAGCUUCUUGAUUAUCUUGGCACAGGGGAAAUGCUCACUAACAGGGAUGUAAACAAAUUUGUGCACAAUUUGAGAGAAAUAAGCUUUUUGUUCAAUAUAUGUAUACUUUACACUCCAUUGUAUUUUGAUAUCUUUAUCUCUGCCAUAUACAAACGGUAUAUCAGCAAAAUGUGAUGUCUCUGACCAUAGUGUUGAAAUAGUCAUUACAUUAGACUAGAAGAGUGGACCAGACCAGUUAAAUAGUCUUUCUUUAAUUUUUUAUCAGGGCCCAUAGGGCUGUAAUGAAGUAGUGCACUAUAUAGGGUGUCAGUUGGGAUGGAUGUUCCCACUGUCUUCCACAGAUGAGUUACUCAAUUUAUCUUCUGACCUGCAGCGAGUUCAAAAAAUGUACCAUACCAGGCCUGUUACCAGUCUACAGAAGUCACAUUAUUGCUUCUCGUACCACCCGGCAUCCCACUGCUGGCUUGCUCUGAAUCUAAGCAUGGUUUGUCCCUGGAUGCUGCUGGAAGUGGUGUUGGAGGGUCAGUAGGAGGCACCCUUUCCUCUGCUCUAAAAAAAAUAUCCCAAUGACCCAGGACAGUGUUUGGGGACAUUGCCCUGUUUAGCGUGUCGUCUUUCGGAUGGGACGUUAAACAGGUGUCCUGACUCUCUGUGGUCACUAAAGAUCCCAUGGCACUUAUUGUUAGAGUAGGGGUGUUAACCCUGAUGUCCUGGCUAAAUUCCCAAUCUGGCCCUCAUACCAUCAUGGCCACCUAAUCCCCCCCUCCUCUCCCCCGUAACUAUUCCCCAGGUCGUUGCUGUAAAUGAGAACAUGUUCUCAGUCAACUUAACUGGUAAAAUAAGGGUUAAAUGAAAUGGAGAAUAAUUCUUUACCAAAGGUCUUCAUUUCUUUUUAAAUAGCUAUUUACACUAUGUACCUGAACAAUGGAUUUCAAUUUGUUGAUCAAAGAUUUCUUUAGUUAAGGUUCUGUUCUGUAUUUAAAGCUAUGUUUUAAUGAGUUGAAAUUAAACCAAGCUUUCAUAUUUAUUUUCAAGUAUUAAUAAAAUAUUUUUUUUGUA